CUCCCCCGGGGGGCGUGCCUAGGCAGCCGCGGUGCGAUCGCCGGUGCUCACGUGCCGGAGAUGGCGGCUGACCCUCUUCCUCCGUCCGCAAUGGCUCAGCCGGGGACUCUGAACCUCAAUAACGAGGUUGUAAAGAUGAGAAAAGAAGUGAAGCGAAUCCGAGUUCUGGUCAUCCGAAAACUUGUCAGGAGUGUUGGCAGACUGAAGUCCAAAAAGGGCACAGAAGAUGCACUGUUGAAAAACCAAAGGCGAGCCCAAAGGUUGCUUGAGGAGAUCCAAGCCAUGAAGGAAUUGAAACCUGAUGUUGUAACUAAAUCUGCUCUUAGUGAUGAUAUCAACUUUGAAAAAACUUGCAAAAAGCCAGAUUCUACUGCGACCGACAGGGCAGUUGCCAGAUUAGCAGGCCACCCUCUUCUGAAGAAGAAAAUUGAUGUGCUAAAAGCUGCUGUCCAGGCCUUCAAAGAUGCAAGGCAGAGCGCUCCAGCGGCCGAGUCAUCUGAGAGUGCUUCAGGAGAAGGCCGCUGUAAGGACAUUGCCAGGUCAAAGGAUGAUGCACGUGAGUCACAGCAUCCUGAGAGAACUGUUGUCAGUGAGCAGAAGGCAAAGGACACCCACACGGCAGCAAAGAAUGCAGGAAGUGGUUCAAAAGAAAAACUGGCCAAGACAGAGCAGGGACCCAAAGCAGUGACCACUCCAGGGUCUCAGGGGAAGCCUUCAGGAAAGGGUGCUGGGGUUAACUCUGAACACCAGGGGGCCCCAGCCCCAGGGGACAACAACCAGGGGAAAACCUCAACCAAAACCCCAGAGGAACCUGCUAAUAACGGUGUCAGUGAGGAAGAGGAGAGCGAGGAGGAAAAGGAGUAUUUUGAUGACAGCACUGAAGAACGGUUCUACAAACAGUCUUCUGCAUCUGAGGACAGUGACAGUGGUGACGAUUUCUUCAUUGGGAAAGUCAGACGGACACGAAAGAAGGAAUGUGGUGUCCAUUCCUCGGCCAAGGAACUGAAGCCCCUCCCAAAGGUACCAUCUAAAACAAAUACACUUGAAACCCCCUGGGAUGUAAGAAACGAUAAACACAGGCCAAUUCCAGAAGCCAGGAAGUUAGAAUCCGUGUUUUUCCACUCGUUGGCUGGACCUAAAAGCUCCAGAAGGGAUCCCAGAGAACAGGCCCCGAAGAAUAAAGCCCCAGAUUUUCCAGAAAAUGAACCUCCAAUCAAAAAGCAGUUUACAAAGAGUGCACACAGAGGCUUUGAGAGUGUGAAGCAGCCGAUGCAGGCACCUCUGCAUCCGUCCUGGGAAGCGAGCAGGAGGCGGAAGGAACAGCAGUCCAAAAUCGCUGUGUUUCAGGGGAAAAAAAUAACAUUUGAUGAUUGAUUUAAUACUUGCUGCCUCUUUGCAAGCAUUCUGUCAAAAUUUUUGGUUUUGUUUUUAACUAACUUGUUAUUUAAACUUGCAUUUUAAAUAAGUCUCUUUGAAAGAGUUAUAAAAUAUGUUGCUUGUUUUUCUUUUUUUUUAAUGUGAGUUUGGGGAAUAUUUACAUAAUCUUUUUACAGAUCUUUAAAUUUGUUUCAUAAGAAUGCUUGCCCCAAAUUAUUUCUUACAUAAAGUAAUUUAGAUAUUACGGAAUUUUAGGUUUUCUCAUUCAUGAUUACAAAAUAUAUUUCGCUAGUUAAGCUUUCCCUUUUGCCUUCAAAAUAAGGCAAACAGGGCUUAGGAGAUGGCUCACUUCCUGGGGCCCGAUGACCUGAGUUUGACCCCUGUGAUUCCCUUGGUAUGAGGGCAGAACUAACUCACAAAGUUGUUCUCUGAUUGCACAUACAGUGUGGCACAUGCCUAUGUACACACAAAUAUGUUCACAUAUAAUAAAUGUCAUAUAAAAAAUAUUAGGACAUAUUUAAAAUAAUAGUGAGAAAGGAAAGAAAUUAGGACUAAAAAAUAUUUUUAUAAGCAAAACAGAAAUGGCAGUUGUCAUUGUGGAUAUAGGAAUAUAAAUAAAUGUGAAUUUGUAAUA